UCAGUAUGUCCUCCAUGUCUCUCUGCAGGGUACAGACGGAAGGGAUGGUCGCUGACGUCUGGUAAACCUCCACACAGUGGAAAUCUAUAUCUGCAUCCAUCAGCUGAAGACAGUAAAAGCGUGAAGGGUCAGUCCACACCUCACCCCACUGGAUGGUCAAGGGUGUGAAGAGUCAAUCCACGGCUCACCAACUUGAGGGAAAAUGGUGUGAAGAGUCAGUCCAUGGCUCACCCAACUGGAAGGGAAAUGGUGUGAACGGUCAGUCCACGGCUCACCCAACUGGAAGGGAAAUGGUGUGAACGGUCAGUCCACGGCUCACCCAACUGGAAGGGAAAUUGUGUGAACGGUCAGUCCACGGCUCACCCAACUGGAAGGGAAACGUUGUGAAGGGUCAGUCCACGGCUCACCCAACUGGAAGGGAAAUGGUGUGAAGGGUCAACCCACGGCUCACCCAACUGGAAGGGAAAUGGUGUGAACGGUCAGUCCACGGCUCACCCAACUGGAAGGGAAACGUUGUGAAGGGUCAACCCACGGCUCACCCAACUGGAAGGGAAACGUUGUGAAGAGUCAACCCACGGCUCACCCAACUGGAAGGGAAACGUUGUGAAGAGUCAACCCACGGCUCACCCAACUGGAAGGGAAACGUUGUGAAGAGUCAACCCACGGCUCACCCAACUGGAAGGGAAACGUUGUGAAGAGUCAGUCCACGGCUCACCCAACUGGAAGGGAAACGUUGUGAAGGGUCAACCCACGGCUCACCCAACUGGAAGGGAAACGUUGUGAAGAGUCAGUCCACGGCUCACCCAACUGGAAGGGAAACGUUGUGAAGAGUCAGUCCACGGCUCACCCAACUGGAAGGGAAACGUUGUGAAGAGUCAGUCCACGGCUCACCCAACUGGAAGGGAAAUGGUGUGAAGAGUCAGUCCACGGCUCACCCAACUGGAAGGGAAACGUUGUGAAGAGUCAGUCCACGGCUCACCCAACUGGAAGGGAAACGUUGUGAAGAGUCAGUCCACGGCUCACCCAACUGGAAGGGAAACGUUGUGAAGAGUCAGUCCACGGCUCACCCAACUGGAAGGGAAACGUUGUGAAGAGUCAGUCCACGGCUCACCCAACUGGAAGGGAAACGUUGUGAAGAGUCAGUCCACGGCUCACCCAACUGGAAGGGAAACGUUGUGAAGAGUCAGUCCACGGCUCACCCAACUGGAAGGGAAACGUUGUGAAGAGUCAGUCCACGGCUCACCCAACUGGAAGGGAAACGUUGUGAAGAGUCAGUCCACGGCUCACCCAACUGGAAGGGAAACGUUGUGAAGAGUCAGUCCACGGCUCACCCAACUGGAAGGGAAAUGGUGUCGGCUAUGAUAUUUACCGAAGACACAAAUCCACCAAAAGAAUAUUAUUAAAUGAUGAGAAUUGAAGAUGGUCACUCAUCAUUGCACCCACGGAAUGCCUGCUUUGAAGAUUUGUAGAAUGAUUUUGAAGCAACUUUUACUUAUCUCAUGGGUCACUUCUCUGGCCCUGGGAGGUACAUCGCCGACGUCGUGUCCUGCCGUCUGCUCAUGCAGCAAUCAGGCCAGUAGAGUUGCCUGUACACGGAAAGAACUGGUUGACGUGCCAGAGGGUAUCUCUGUCAAUACGCGAUACCUGAACCUUCAGGAAAAUAUCAUUCAGGUCAUCAAAACAGACACUUUCAAACACCUUCGCCAUCUGGAAAUUCUACAGCUCAGCAAAAACCUGAUUCGUAAGAUUGAGGUGGGGGCUUUCAAUGGACUCCCAAACCUCAGCACACUUGAGCUUUUCGAUAAUCGUUUGACAACUGUUCCAACACAAGCCUUCGAAUAUCUAUCAAAGCUGAGGGAGUUGUGGUUGAGAAAUAAUCCAAUUGAGAGCAUCCCAUCCUACGCUUUCAAUAGGGUUCCGUCUUUGAGACGACUCGAUCUGGGGGAGCUCAAGAAACUGGAAUACAUUUCUGAAGCUGCUUUCGAAGGUCUUGUAAAUUUGAGAUACCUGAACCUAGGAAUGUGCAAUUUAAAAGAUAUCCCCAACUUAACAGCACUUGUCCGGCUGGAAGAACUCGAGUUGUCUGGAAAUCGUCUGGAAAUUAUUCGACCUGGAUCUUUCCAAGGGUUAACAAGCCUUAGAAAACUGUGGCUGAUGCAUGCUCAUGUUACAACAAUAGAGCGCAAUGCAUUUGAUGAUUUAAAAUCCUUGGAAGAGCUUAAUCUUUCUCAUAACAAUUUAAUGUCUCUUCCCCAUGACCUUUUUACACCUCUUCACCGCCUGGAGCGAGUGCACCUUAACCAUAAUCCUUGGCACUGCAACUGUGAUGUGUUAUGGUUGAGUUGGUGGUUAAAAGAGACUGUACCGAACAAUACGACCUGCUGUGCUCGAUGUCAUUCCCCACCAAACCUGAAAACAAGAUACAUUGGAGAACUAGAUCAGAGCCAUUUCACUUGCUACGCACCUGUUAUAGUGGAGCCUCCAACUGACCUCAAUGUAACUGAAGGCAUGGCAGCUGAACUGAAAUGUAGAACUGGCACAUCAAUGACUUCCGUAAAUUGGUUAACACCAAAUGGAACCUUAAUGACUCAUGGCUCCUACAGAGUCCGCAUCUCUGUUCUCCAUGAUGGGACCUUAAAUUUCACAAAUGUGACAGUCCAGGACACUGGUCAGUACACAUGUAUGGUUACAAACUCUGCGGGAAAUACAACAGCAUCAGCUACACUAAAUGUAUCUGCUGUUGUUGAUCCAUCGACAACUGAUUACACAUAUUUUACUACUGUGACAGUGGAAACAAUGGAUUCCUCCCCCGAGGAGAUAAAGCCUACUGAGAAGGAGCCUGGUCCAACUCCUACAGUCCGAUGGGGAAUAACCUAUUCUACCACAUCUCUUACCCCACGCAGUACACCCUCCACAGGGAAGACUUUCACUAUUCCAAUAACAGACGUGACAGGAAACAUCAUGAAAGAUUUAGAUGAUGUCAUGAAAACAACAAAGAUCAUAAUUGGCUGCUUUGUGGCCAUCACCUUUAUGGCAGCUGUGAUGCUGAUUGCAUUUUACAAACUGCGUAAACAGCACCAGUUACAUAAGCAUCAUGGGCCAACACGAACUAUUGAGAUCAUCAAUGUAGAAGAUGAAAUACCAGCCACUGGCCCAGGAGACAACCACAUGGCACUACCAGCAAUUGAGCAUGACCACCUAAACCACUACACGGCAUUCAAAGCUCAUUAUAACAACAAUACAGGAACCCUUAACUGUGCCAAAAACCCCAUGCUAAACUCUAUUCAUGAACCUCUUUUGUUUAAAAGCAGCUCAAAGGAAAAUGUGCAAGAAACACAAAUUUAGCUGGAUAAUUUGAGUUUAAUGGGAGAAUCCGACCAGAAACGAUGGUGUUCCAGAGUAUGAGAAUAGACUGACUAUACUUGGAGCCUCUCUGGGUUCGUCUUCAAUUCAUCCUCUUGUCUCCAAAUUCCCAUUUAAACAGACAACCCCCCUCCAACUGAAGCACUGACACACAACCAAGACUCUUUUGAUAACUUCAAAGGGAUAUUUCACUCUCUGACUACCUGAUGAAUUACUAAAAAAAAGGAUAAAAAAAGAAAAAAAUAUAUGAAAAAGGGAAAAUAGAUACGAAAAGUAAAAAAAAAGUAAGAAAAAAGCUUAUUUUGUGGUACAGCUCUUUAUGUGUAAAUUCUAUUUCAGAUAUAUUUUCAUCAAGGAAAGGUGUGUGGAAUGGGAAAAAACAAUAAUGGAUUAAAGAGACAGAUUUUUUUCUUUUUAAUCCAUAAUAUCACUGAGAGGUUUCUGGUAAAUGAAAGAUGAAUCUAAAAAUAUAAUGUGAUUUUCUUUAGUUCUUACAUUGCCAAGGGUGCCUGCGAUGACGAGGAGAAGCUGCGCCCCGCUGACCGGCAGGCAGGUGACACCAUAGCUUGGACAAUUCUAUGUAAGUUUAGGAUUGGGAGGGAAAAGGCCGAAAGGUUUUUUUUGCCACAAAAACAUCAUCGUCACCUUCUGAGGUUUUUCAUGACGCUUUUUAAAAAAAAUAAAAAUAAAAAAAAGAUAAUAAGAGGUGUUUACAGCCUUGGAGAAGAUUAUUUUCAGAGGUACUGUGCCAUAUAACCCUUUACAAAUGUGCCAAUUAUCUUCAGAACUUAACAAUAAAGCUGUAUAAAAAUGUUUUUACAAAUGAUUUAGUUUUUGGGAAAGGAGCACGGAGACCUUUCAGAUUUUGAACUCUCUGGCACAGGAAAAUUUGGGCCGGUUAUUUUCUCUGGAUUUCUAUACAAAUUGGAAGGUGUGGAAUCAUCAACAUGAGAUGAACAUUUUCUCUUUGGUUUCUUUUUUUUUUUUUUCUUCUGGGUGUUUUUUUUAAGAUUAUGAUUGGGAGGGAAAUGUAUUCUUGUUACAAGGAAAGGAAACAAAUAAACUGCUUGUGGCUCUUACUGAGACGGAACGUGCCAGGCGAGGUUGGUGAUAUCGCCAAGAGUCUGCAACACAAGAAUAAUAAAACUAUUGGAAAGAU